GAAAAUCAACCGUAUGUUAAAUGCCCAACUUUAAGAAAGGACCAGCAAAAAUCAUUUUCGAGUCAACAAAAGUAUAUGCAAACUGAGAGGCGAUCUCAUCUUUCCAUUACUCACACAGGCUCAAUCAUCACGGAGCUCGCUUCCAACCAAACAAAAAAUGCAAGGCUUCAACAUGGGACGUUAUGUCCCUCCUGAUCAGGAGGGACUGAUGAGUGGAAACCAGUUGCAUGGAAAGCAUGCUUUAGGAGCUCGAGCAAAUAAGAUUUCUCAGGGUAUUCUGACGGUACGAUUCGAGAUGCCAUAUCCUAUCUGGUGCACGCAUUGCCCAAAGCCCACCAUAAUAGGACAAGGAGUACGAUUCAAUGCCGAGAAGAAGAAAGUCGGCAACUAUUUCUCGACGCCAAUCUAUAGUUUUCGCAUAAAACACAUUACUUGCGGCGGUUCGAUUGAGAUACGUACGGAUCCAAAGAAUACAGCUUAUGUGAUCACUGAAGGCGCGAGGAAACGAGAUACAGGCGAAGAUAAAGUCAUGGAAGGGGAUACCAAAAUCUUGUCCGAAGAGGAGAGAGAGAAUCUAAGAAACAAUGCAUUUGCAUCUUUAGAGGGAAAGGUAGAGGAGAAAGAAAGGCUAGUAGGUAGUAAGAAACGACUGGAAGAGCUGCAAGAUCUUUCUGAACAAUGGGAAGAUCCACAUGAAGCGAAUAGAAAACUAAGAAGAGCUUUCCGAGAGGGGAGAAAGGCGCGAGAAAAAGAAGCUGGCGUAGCAUCUGCACUACAAGAUAAAAUGAGUUUAGGCCUUGACUUGUUGCCAGAGCACGAGGAAGAUGUAAAGAGGGCGGGCUUCAUUGAAUUUGGAGGUAAAGAUUCUCAAAUCAAUAUCGAUAAGACAAUUUCGAAGCCUCUUUUUGAAACCGACAGCCAACCGUCUACAGCAGACAAGAAGGUCUCAAACGUCUCGCGAAUAAAGCAAGCUAAGGCAUUGGCUACAAAACAACGUAACGAUGCCGUGGCUGAGAUCAGAGGCAAUACAAGAGCUGCUAUGGAUCCGUUCCUUGUCAACAAGCAAUCAAAUGGCGCCAAGAGCACAACCAAAGCCUUGCUAGCUGGUAUCAAGAGGAAGAGGUCUACCUCUGUUCCUGAAGACGCUUCGUCCAUACCAAAGGUAGCUGGUUUGGUCGAUUAUGAUUCCGAUGAUUGAUUAAUAUGGAUGGCAUCUAGGUGGAGUUCUGGCGUUGUGGUCACGGGAUUUUUUUCGAUACCCUUUCGCUAUUUUGCCAUGCAAUGUUUACGGGCAAUGGAAAGUACGGAGAAUGAAGAGAAUAUUCCCAGUAGGCCUGAAAUGCUUAACAGGCACCGCAUUUUCAUUGUUUAUGAGGCUGCCAAACAUUUGUCUGUCAGCCUAGCCAGUUCUGUCCUCAGCAUAUGGUGGAGUCCUGCAUGAAGCUUAUACAUCAACAGUAAGUUGGUCUCGUCUAGACCUGCAAGAUGCCUUAGCACAGCCUUUUUCUCAAUUAUCUCGGAGCGGAACCGCUUGACGCA